CUGGAAAGCUAUAAAAUCGCUCGAUGACCAGAACCCUGGUCAUUGCUGGUAUUUUCCACCACCACAAUAUUGCAGAAAAAACCUUCAUGCGUGACGUGAACCCAUUGACUGGGUGCAGUGUGCAACAAAUGGAUCGACAAGAGUACAAGUAUGAAGAAAUCGAAGAAAUUGCUGAUUAUUUGAGGAAACUGGUGACGAUUAAACCGCAAAUUGGGAUUAUAUGUGGGUCAGGUUUAAGUUCGGUCGGUGAACUCCUCACCGCCCCCACCACCCUCAACUACACCGAAAUCCCCAACUUCCCCGUCAGCACUGUCAUCGGCCACCCCGGCCGCCUCCUCUUCGGCCACAUCGCCGCCAUCCCCGUCAUAUGCAUGCAAGGCCGCUUCCACUUCUACGAAGGCAACUCCCUUUCCACCUGCGCCAUGCCCGUCCGCCUCAUGAAACUCCUCGGAGUCACCACCCUCAUCGUCUCCAAUGCCGCCGGCGGCAUCAACCCCUCCUACAAAACCGGCGACAUCAUGUUCAUAAAAGACCACAUUAACUUGACCGGCUUCGCCGGCAACAACCCCCUCCGAGGCCCCAACGACGAAAGAUUCGGUCCCCGAUUUGUGGCUCUGAACGAAGGCUACAAUCCCAAGAUGAUCGACAAAGCUAAAGCUCUAGCUGAAAAAUUGGGGAUGAAAGGAGUCCACGAGGGGGUGUACGUUUGCGUCGGAGGUCCUAAUUUUGAGACGGUGGCCGAAGUGAGGGCUUUGAAAAUUCUGGGGGCGGAUGCUGUGGGGAUGUCGACGGUGCAUGAGAUUAUUGCGGCGAGGCAUUGUGGAAUGGAGUGUUUUGGGUUCAGUUUGAUCACGAAUGAGUGUGUUGUGGAGUAUGGGUCUAAGGAGAAGCCGGACGGGGAAGAGGUGCUGGAGGUGGCGGGGCAAAAGAAGAGGGAUUUGAAGGUUUUUGUGGAGGGGUUGGUUGGGGUCUUGGCAGAAGUUGGAAAGAGUACUUAGGAGUUGAGAGGCUACUUGCCAGUGAUUUAUCAGUAUUAUAUUAAAAAAAAGAAUUUUUGUAAUCAUAGGUAUGUGAUAUUUUAUUGAAAUGUAUAAAUUUAUUAUAUUAUUAUUAUUUAAAUUAUAAAAAUGUUAGCAAAA